AUGGUGCACGAUUUCGUCGAUAAUGAAGACGAUAUCGGUAAUUAUAUGAAGAAAGUAAGCGGUUCGCAGCUGACAACCGGUAAUAUAGUGUACUGUGAUGAUGGGAAUGCAUUUGAUACCAAGAAAGAAGAAAAUAUAAAGAGCAUACGGAUGAAAGCACAUGCCAUGAAAGAGCGAAUUGCUCAUUUUGAGGAUAACGAACUAAGAUACGCACACCGAAUGGUGCACCAGGAAAAGGAACGGUUGAAAAAGGACUGGCCAGCACUAUUUUGCAGUGGCCAUGCGCUUGAACGAGUGUUUGUGUACGUGGAUAUCGAUGCAUUCUAUGCAAGUGUGGAAGUGCUUGUUGAUCCUGUAUCCGGUCCUUUGGCGGUCGGAGGUAUGUCGAUGCUAGCGGCUGUUAACUACGCCGCAAGAAAGUAUGGAAUACGGUCGGGCAUGCCCGGUUACCAGGCACGCACCCUCUGUCCAUCCCUUGUGAUCCGGAAGUGCAAUUUUGAACGGUAUAACAUGUAUUCAGAGCGGGUGAUGGGCAUGCUGGCAAGGUUUGACGGGAACAUAGAAAUUUAUGGACUGGACGAAUGUGUGCUGGUGAUAGAUGAAGAGAAGAUGAGAAAAGGAUACGAGUAUUUUUGUGAAUGGAAGGGAGGAAUUGAAUGCAUACUGAAUGACUGUGAGGGUUGUUCUAGUUCUGGGAUUGACACUACGAGUCUGUCGCAAAAACACGAUAACAACCCACAGAGUAUGAGCGAAAUUGGCGGUUCGUGUAAAAGACGUGAUGAAGGAACAAAAGUAGAAUCUGAAGGCGUGAAUAGCAAGGUAAUGGUGAACAAUGAUUUAUUCUGUGAGGUGCAAAUGAAUAAAUUGGCUGAAAAUGAUUAUUUUGCCGUGGAAGCCGAGGGCAAAGCUGCGAAUCCUGAGAAUGAAUUUGUACUGGCCACACAUGCUCAAAGAGAGGAAUAUAGCAAAAAAAAAGGAUUGAACGUACAGAGCGGUAGAGAUAAUAUUAUUUUGGAAGAUGGUAUUGCUGAACACGGGUUGUAUGAAGCGGAAAUGAACAUCACUAAUAGAAAAUUUGCACCAACUCAUGGUAAUGACAAUUCUUCUUCAUAUGAUACCUUUGUUGCUGCCGAGGUGUCGAGCAGUUCAAUUUGCACGAGUCAGCCCCAUCCUCACAUGUGUAGUAAACACAAAAAGAUAGUAAAAACGCUUCCAUUCACCUUUAAGAAUGUUGAACGGCUUGUAACCGCCAUUCGUAUGCACGCUAGAAAGCAUAUCGGACUUACAAUAAGUGCUGGUAUUUCCGUGUGCAGAGGGCUAUCAAAACUGUGUUCAACGAUAAACAAACCAAACGACCAAUUUUCGCUCUCUUCAGGUGCAGAAAAAUUCCUAAGUCCCAUGAAAAUCACAAAAAUAACGGGUAUCGGUCCAAAGACAAGUAUCCUGCUCGAAAAUGGCAUGGGCAUUUCCACAAUCAGGGAACUGCACGCACACAUGCACAUACUGUACCUGGUGCUCAAAAGGAAAAGCUUCCACAAUCUUUUCAGAAUGUCUCACGGCUUGUCACAUUUUGAUGGUCCAUCAGCAGAUAGUAUUACGAUUCACAGGCAGCCGCAUAUCGAUAUUAUGGCACGGCCCCCCUCCGUUUUAUCAAACCAAAGUGUCAGCAAAUCGCGAACGUUCAAUCCGACGAAUGAUUAUAAAAUGCUGAUGGACGUGCUGUGGUCGUUGUGCAAAAAUCUUGGCCGCAAACUCACGGGUUCACAAGCAGCCGUGGUUACCAUAACGGUAAAAACGGAGCACUUCCGAACAAUUGUGAGGAGACAGCGCGGUGUGCUGCGCAAUGAUAUACAAAUACUUGAUGCGUGUUCUGUACUGCUAAAUGAGGCCGUGUCAACACUGUGUGCGUCGGUGAGCGAUGAUGUUACAUCCUGUUACAGCUGUUCAAAUAGGACAACCCGUCCAAGAAUAUUCCAGCACAAUUUGCGACUGCGCCUCCUCGGUGUUUCACUGAGUAAGUUUUCGAGAAAAAGUCCUUUUUUCAAGAGAAGAAAGAUGAGCAUGGAUGUAAAACGAUGUAUUGAAUGCAAGAAAGUGUUUGUAAAUGUGAGUGAAGCAUUCUUCUACAGCCAUGUGAACACUUGUCUUGAUUGGAAGGAACAAAAGAACAAGAACAGCCUACUCCGAUUUUUCAACACGACGAAGAAGGUGUAA